AUGGGAGACAUGGGAGACCCACCAAAAAAAAAACGCCUGAUUUCCCUAUGUGUUGGUUGCGGCAAUCAAAUUCACGAUCAGUAUAUUCUGAGGGUUUCUCCGGAUUUGGAAUGGCAUGCGGCGUGUUUGAAGUGUGCAGAGUGUAAUCAGUAUUUGGACGAGACCUGUACGUGCUUUGUUAGGGAUGGCAAAACCUACUGUAAAAGAGAUUAUAUCAGGUUAUACGGCAUCAAGUGCGCCAAGUGCAGCAUCGGCUUCAGCAAGAAUGACUUCGUGAUGCGCGCCCGAGCCAAAGUGUACCACAUCGAGUGUUUCCGCUGCGUGGCCUGCAGCCGCCAGCUCAUCCCCGGCGAUGAAUUCGCGCUGCGGGAGGACGGCCUCUUCUGCCGGGCGGACCACGACGUGGUGGAAAGGGCCAGUCUGGGACCUGGGGACCCUCUCAGCCCCCUGCACCCGGCCCGGCCGCUGCAGAUGGCAGCAGAACCUAUCUCUGCCAGACAGCCAGCUCUGCGACCCCACGUCCACAAGCAGCCCGAGAAGACCACUCGAGUCCGGACUGUCCUUAAUGAAAAACAGCUUCAUACCUUGAGAACCUGCUAUGCUGCCAACCCUAGACCCGACGCCCUCAUGAAAGAGCAACUGGUAGAAAUGACUGGCCUCAGCCCGAGGGUCAUCAGGGUUUGGUUUCAAAACAAGCGGUGCAAGGACAAAAAAAGGAGCAUUAUGAUGAAGCAACUUCAGCAGCAGCAACCCAAUGACAAAACUAAUAUUCAGGGGAUGACAGGAACUCCGAUGGUGGCUGCUAGUCCAGAGAGACAUGACGGAGGUUUACAGGCGAAUCCAGUGGAGGUGCAGAGUUACCAGCCACCCUGGAAAGUACUGAGUGACUUCGCCUUGCAGAGUGACAUAGACCAACCUGCUUUUCAGCAACUAGUUAAUUUUUCAGAAGGAGGACCUGGUUCGAAUUCUACUGGAAGUGAAGUAGCAUCAAUGUCCUCCCAGCUGCCAGAUACACCCAACAGCAUGGUAGCCAGUCCUAUCGAGGCAUGA